CAAGCUGGAAUGUCGGUGCUCGCACAAUUCCGGAAAAAGUCUUUUGUUCGCCUCCGCGGCGGUUGGAUGUGGUUUCCGUAACUACGCAUAUUUUUGAUCGCGGGGACUGCGUACGCGUUGUCCCUGUUUUUCCUUUACUUUCGUAACUUAGCUUACUUUCGCUGACUGGCGUAGAAGAUAGAGUGUAACAGCUCUGCUCAGAGCCAUUUAUUGAACCAGAACCAGAACCAGCAUAAUUCCGAACACCGUUAUGCUGGACUCGAGCGUCGCGGAUAUUGAAAAAGAUACACAAACAGUAAAAUGUGUUAAAUGUGAUCAAUUAGUGCCAAGAAAACAAUGGAAUUCGCACAAUUUACAUCGACAUAAUAACAUGGCGUGGCAACCGGAUGAAAUAGAAUUGGACUUUGAAAACGACAUUAAAUUAUUAAAGAGAGUAUUAACGUGUGCUGUUAAGAAGAAGAAGUAUUUGACUUGUGAAAAAUGUAGAACUACGAAACGUAGCGUCGAUGGUUUUAUAUCGCACAUGCAAUUUUGUGGAAAGUCAGAGGCGGAGAGACAAGCAUUGAUGAUGACAUGCUCCAUUUGCAACGCCGUUAUGAUGCCUUCCUCGAUGAAAAUGCACGAACGUUAUCACGGACAAUUAGAGCGGAAUAAAAAUAAGGAAGUGCCGGUUAUACUGACUGAGAGAGUUAAGCGAAAAGCGGCGGAAAGAGCGAUACCAAAGAUACUAAAGUUUGCCGAAUCUAUGAGAGAAGAAAAUUCAUAUAUGACAAGAACCAAGCUUGACUCGACAAUGCUGAAGAAUGUUGUACAAAUGCCAGGACUUCAGAAAAAAAUACCGUCCGUUUGGAAAAAUCUGUGGAAGAAAGAAUUGGCUUCACGGGGUAUUGUAUCCUGCAGACAAAUGGAAUGCACGUAUACAUGUUCCUCCUACGAAAGUAUCUGUGAACAUUAUUCUCAUUGUAACUUUGUUUCACAAGAGUAUUUUAAGUGCAAAAUUUGCGAGUUCUUAGCAGAUUCUAGAGACAAAGUGGAGAACCAUAUAACGGAAUCUCAUUCGAACGGGGAAUACGUGGAAAAUGAUUCGGACUUUGAGAAAGAUGAGGUGAAUUCAUCGGAUGAAAGCAUAAUUGAAUAUGAUACAAAACGAAAGAAAAGUUCCGUCAGAGUAACGCAAGCGAGCGACAAUGCAAAAGCAAGCAAUAAAGCAGCUUUUCUAAGUAGAGAGCCAGGGCAAAAGUUACAAUCGACCAAGACUUACAAACCAGCUUUACAUUGGACUAUGAUGUUCGAGUCGGAAAAUUUCGAGCUUGACUUGUUCCAAGAUUAUACGCCAAAUAUUUUCACAUUAUUAAACAAUGAGGAUGCCGCCAAGUAUCUCCCAGAGCUAACAAGUUCAAUGGCCAUCAAGUGUGUAAGUGACAAUUCAUCAGAUUCCGUUAGCAGCAGCUGGAAGCAUAUGGGCAGAUUCGAGGGCAGUAUUUGCGGAGAUGUACCGACAUUUUUCGCCGGUGGUCCCAUAUGGGCGUCAGCCUGGUUACCCAUUCCAUUACCGAUGUACACCAAAAAUCCGACGCAAUAUGUCGCAAUCAGCACGCAUCCCACUGUGGGAAGCGAGUAUACAGUAGGAAAGAGUUAUUCGGGAUCAAACGUCAUACAAAUAUGGGACGUCGGUCAAUUGGAUCACGAAAAUAACAGUACAAACCGAUCACCUAUUUUAGCGUACGCGAUUGUGCACAAUAGCGGUACAGUUUGGUGCCUGGAAUGGUGCCCAUCAGGAUGCUAUCAGGAUACCGAUCUCUGCAAUUAUGAAAAGGAAGAAAGAAAACUCAGACGAAUGGGAUUGCUUGCGGCAGCAUGUUCCGACGGAUGCGUAAACGUUUACUCGUUACCGUUUGCGGACGAUCUUAGAUUCGAAAGAACAGACUAUAGUUCGUGGCCAAUUUACAAGACCGAUCCGAAAGCAACGUUAAUAGUAAACAUUUCCAUAUAUGACAAGAAGAAACAGAACUGGCAGUGCAGUAAACUAUCGUGGACGAGGGAGCACGGACACGAUAUCAUCGCGGCAGGCUUUACGAAUGGUUACAUAGCAUUGUGGGAUCUCACUACUACUUCGCCCCUGUUGCUCAACGUGCGGAAACAUACUAAAUUUAUAGACGCAUUCCAACAUUUCUUCGCCCAUCAUAAUGCAGUCAGCAUGGUAACAUUGAUCCCGUAUCACGGAAAGCGAUAUCUAGCUUCCGCUAGUAUCGACAGAUCGUAUAAAUUUUGGGAUUUGGAGGAAACGAGCGUGCCGCAAAAUUGUUCAAAGAAAGGCAUAAUAGUGGACGGUGUAUGGAUGACACACUGGCCCUGCUCAGUAAUCAGUUUCGACGAUGCACUUGGCUUCAACUAUACGCAUUCCUAUGUAAUACCUCUGAGAGAACACGGAUACAAAUAUUGCCCGAUUUUGGCGACUAAUGCACCAACUUACACAAUUACUGUAUCCGAUUAUGCCAACAGUAUUGCACAUGGUACAUUAGCUGGAGAAGUAUUAACCAUUUUCCCUCAUCAAUUGUUAUAUACGGAAAAGUUGUUACCUAGGAAAAGGCAGUUAAAUUCUUUCAUCAGAACGAUAGAUUUUUUAAAAGAGCAACGAAAUAUAUCUAGGAAAAACAAUGAGAAUAAGAACGAUAAAAAAACUUGCAAGGAUUAUCAUUAUAUGCCGGCAAGUUAUCAUGAGUGCAAAGAUCGGUUCGGCAUUAUCUUUCAUGACAAUUUGAAGAGUUUGAAAAAGAAGCGUGAAACUGAUAAACCACGGGACACUCACUACAACGACAAAUUGACAUCUGUUCCUAUUGAACAGCAUCCAUUCAUGUCUGUAAACAGGAUGGCCUGGAAUCCAAACGCAUGGAGCUAUUUGUGGCUCAUGGUGAGCUAUCAGAACGGUUUGACGAGGCUAUUGAAUUUCAAAUCCAUGUCCGCACCUCGUGAAACGGAGACUUUGCUGUCGUCGCACGCAGAGUCUUUGCUUGCUAAAACGAAUCCAUCGGUUCAAAAACUGUAAAGUUGCUUUGUAUACGGAAACCACUUGUGGUUUCGACAAAAUAUAUUGUAUUUCAUUAAGA